CAGAAUGCCCCACUUUGCUGGUCAUUUAUUUUCUGCGCGCAGUUCUUCAAAAUGUAUCCCAAAAUGAUUCGCUUGGGAUUUACUUUGGUGCUGCUUGGUUUGUUCCUUGAGGUCCGUGCUCAAAAUGAAGUAAUAGAAGAAGGAAGUAUUUGCCAAGCCGGUGAUGUGAUUGGUCAGUGCGUAGGAAUCCGUGAGUUCCCAAAGUAUCUGAGCCUGCUGGGCCAGCGGAAACAUUCCGAUGAGGACAUCCGAUUCUUGCUACUGCAUCAGUGCGGUUAUACCAGCACUCGAAAGUUGCUCGCCUGUCGACCGGUGAAACUGAAUGACCCCGGUUGUGGGCGACAGUUUAGUGAUCGAAUCGUCAAGGGUAAACUAGCUGGGCUGGAUGAUUAUCCCUGGCUGGCCCUGUUUCAGUACCAGAAACCUCGUGACGAAACCGGAUUUCAUUGCGGCGGUGCUCUAAUUAACAUUCGGUACGUCCUAUCGGCAGCGCACUGCUUUGUGGGACUGCGCAGUGGUUGGAAAGCGAUUAAGGUUAGGCUGGGUGAGUGGGACUUCGAAGCGGAACAAGACUGCAUCGAGGAUGCAGGGGACCUGCAUUGUGCGCCACCCGUACAGGAGUUCGAGCUGGAGGCAAUUAUUCCUCAUGAGGAUUUUUCCAUUCGAGAUCUAAAUAAGCAGCAUGAUAUUGCUUUGGUGUGUUUGAGCAGGGACGCCAUUUUCACCAACUAUGUUAAACCAAUCUGUAUUCCUGAGGCGGAUAGUGUUAGUAGUGAGCAAUUGUACAGUGGGGUUUUGCUGGCCUCUGGAUGGGGAAAGACUGAGAAUGCAUCUUCCAGCCGAUAUAAACUUCACACACAAUUACGGGCCGUUGACUACAUGGAUUGUAGGGCUGCAUACGCGAAAGCAUUGCGCAUUGAGUUGAACACCGGUCAGAUUUGCGCUGGGGGUAAGAACAGUCAGGAUACCUGCAAUGGAGAUUCCGGUGGACCGUUGAUGAAGGAAGUUGCAGUGCAAGGACGGUUCUACCUGGCAGGAGUUGUGAGCUUUGGGCCAAGGCGUUGUGGUGAUCAGCUUCCGGGAGUUUACACGGCAGUUGAGGAAUACCUUCCGUGGAUUGCUAGAAACGUGUUGGAAUUUACUUAGUGUUCUGAUCUUUUAGGGUUAUUUUGAUUAAGUACAAGCUCAACUACAUUGAAUGAAGGUCAAGGUUGUAAUCAAGACUAAUUCAAAUGCAGAAAAAGAAUGGUCAUAGUUAGCCUUGAAUAUUUUAAGAUGAUAUCAUAGAUCAAAAAUAUUACUAAGGUAUACUAAGUAGUUGUUACAACAUCCUAAAGUUUGAGAAAUUGUCGGAGGAAAAUUGUUUAAAAUGUUGUAAACGCGUUAUGUGCAGAUUAAGCAUCUGCACAUACAGUUGGUUAAAUUCGUAAGAAUAUUCAAACAUUGUUGUUGUUUCAACGAUUCAGAAGUUUAUGUUCGGACUCCGCUUAGAAAAAAAAAAUAUAUCAAAGACUGUUCAGGAACACUGCAACUUAGAGCAAUAGGUCGAUUCCAUUAAGGAAUUGAAAAAUAAUCAUUUUCCAGAAUUUGACCGGCGGCAGAAAGUUGGUCAACUGCGCUUUUCACCAUUUAAUGGGUACGUACUCUUUUGAUAUUAAAUAAAUAAUUCGAGUGGACCUUC